GAAGGCCUUUUACGCAAGGUAAAAGAUUGUGUCUACCAUGAUUCUUGAUUAAUGAGGUCAUCACACUUCCCACCGCAUUGAUAUCGGUUACACCGGAUGCACUGUUGGAGAACGUAUUGAGCUCUGCAUACGCGAGGAAUGAAGACAAAGCACUUCCUCCGGAACAGAGACUACCGAAAAAUGUCAACUUCGUGCCCGAUUCGAUUUCAGCGCUUUGACGCUCUCCUUCACCGCUCAUCUUCAAAAGAUACGGUUCGCCACUUUAGAUAUGCGCAGCUUUCCGGAUUCAUUCUUGGCCUCACAUUAUCACGGUUGAAAAAGUAAAUUGUUUGAUUAGUGAUAAAAUUGGACUGAUAAUGCAGUCAAAUUAUAUGUUAGCGACAUCGAAAAUUCAUAUUUUGGCAACAAACGUUAGAUAAUUAGUGAAAUGGAAUGGUAGUAUUAUCGUCGAAAGGGGAGGACUUGAAGAGACAACCUCGCAGAUUAACAUCCAUAUUGACAUGUGCAUCUUUCCUGCUACUUCAGUAUUGCAAUCUAACGAGGACACGACUAUCGUGAACUGUAUCAUUUUAAUCAUUCUGCACAUAGCCUACUCUACAUUUCUUGAUAACGUUAAGAUCUAAUAAUCAAUCGCACGAUUGAUGUUUGUAAAAUUUCAUACGAUAUGCCUAAUCUUGCACCUUAUCUUAUGGCUUAAAACAUUUCUUAAAAGAAUUUGCGAGAUAAAUUUGUUGUAAUUUUUUUCUGAUUUUUUUAAUGAUAGCUGUACAGCGAUGGACAAAAUGGUUGCGACAUUUUCCUUAAUAAGUUUAGGAACACGCAUGUAGAGUCAGGUUUAUGUUUCAAAACAUUUUCUCUCGGAAAAUGGAAAAUUUUACUCGAGAAAUAGAUCGGAAACGCUUGAAAUGGUUUUGGAAUGACCAUCGAGUAAAAUAUUCCUCGGAGAAGAUUCUACAACGUAACCGUGAAUCUAAAUUCACGUUCCUAAAAAUCAUUAAAAAAAAACAGUGUCGCAACCAUUUGAUAUUCUAUUAUUUCUCAAUAUAUUAUUUCAUAUAUAUUUUUUUACGAUUAUCUCUCAAGAUACUGCAUUCGGAAACAUCAUCUGAAUGCCUCAGUGUAUCAUUUUAAUGCGAUCUAUAUCAUGUAUUACGAGACUUAUUUUUUACGUUUCUUUCACCGCGAAAAAAGCUUAUUUUAAAUUUUAAGAAAAAAAUAGUACAAGUACACUUUUCUGUCAAAAAUAUUAUCGAAUAAUAAACUCGGUUUAAAUAAUCGCAUUUAUGUUAAAGAAGAUCGUGAACUUGAAACGAUAGUAAACUUUGCGAUGUAUUGCAAUGAUACGCAUAUUUAUACUAUCGUUCUUUUUGCAUCAUUCAACCUUUGCUCUUGUACGUUAAUGAUAAGCUUAAUAAAUUCUGUGUUACGGUGGUUUCAGACAGUUACAACUGGAUAUGUGUGUAAGCAACGAGCUGCGUUGGGCGGUAUGCAGGCCGGCAUGACGCUCGGUUGGACGUCGCCAAUCCUGCCGUAUCUCACAUCGACGAAAUCCUUCCUUCCGCAACUGUCCGAGGAUCAGAUCUCGUGGAUAACAUCCCUGCUGGCGCUGGGUGCUAUUGUGGGCGCCGUGCCGGCUGGUAAGAUCGCCGAUCGAAUCGGUCGGAAACGGGCUAUCCUCUUGACGGCUGUACCAUUCGCCACGUGCUGGCUCACUCUGCUUACGACCGCGAACAUCGUCAGUAUAUAUGUCGCUCGAUUCAUCGGUGGAAUCGGCGCCGGGGCGGCCUGCGUCCUCGUGCCGGUCUACGCCGGCGAAAUCGCUCAGGCAUCGAUUCGCGGAGCCCUAGGCGCCUUUUUUCCCCUGCUCUUCUCCUCGGGGAUCAUGUUCUCAUACGUGGUGGGCGCGUACUGCUCCUACGUGGUCUUCAACAUCGCCUGCUGUGCCAUAUUGGUGCCCUUCGUCCUGGGUGUGCCCUUUAUGCCGGAAUCGCCCUUGUGGCUGGUGCAGAGGGAUCGUAAGGCCCAGGCUGCAAAGGUGUUGACGAUUUUGCGGGGAUUGCAUUAUGAUAUCGCGGCGGAGAUAGCCAUUUUGCAGAAUGAUGUUGAUAGGAUGGCGAACGCGUCGGGCGGCAUCAAGGAUCUCUUCGGGACUAAAGCCGGACGUAAAGCCGCUGUCACCUGCGUGGGACUCAUGUUCUUCCAACAACUGUGCGGUGUAGACGCAGUUCUAUUCUACACGGUCAACAUCUUCCAGGCGGCAAACAGCACGAUCGACCCCUUCCUGGCGACCAUUGUCAUUGGAUUCACCGAAGUCGUAAUGACCAUAUUCGUCGCUACCGUAAUUGAUAGAUUCGGCCGAAAGCCGCUCCUGAUAAUAUCCGGCACGAUGAUGACCGUUUGUCUGAGCGUCCUGGGUUACUACUUCAAGCUCAAGGAUGAAGGAAGUGACGUGAGCACCUUUGGCUGGCUGCCGCUGACCAGCCUCGCUCUCUUUAACAUUGUCUUCUCGAUCGGUUACGGGUCCGUGCCGUUCACGGUAAUAAGCGAGAUAUUUCCGCCGGAAACCAAGGGUGUUGCCAGCAGUAUGUCUAUCGUGGUGCACUGGAGCUUGGUGUUUGCCGUCACCAAACUGUUUCCGACUAUGGAGGACAGGAUGGGCCAGGCUGUGACCUUCUGGACGUUCGCGUGCUUUACCGCCGCAUCCGCGGUCUUCGCGUACUUCGUAGUACCGGAGACAAAGGGUAAGACUUUGCAGGAGAUACAAAGCAAGCUUCAACGAAGGCAAAAAUCGAAAACGGAGUAUCAGGUGGAACCGAUCUGAAACUAUCCAUGUCCUGCGUUCACCUUGUCGCACUUUGGUAGCACCGAGAUUAAGGAACGGUCCAUGGAGGUCGAAACGCUCAAUUUUCUGAUGGGUGAUUUUUUCCUUUUUACAAGAACGUAUUUAUUGUAAGCGAAUAUUGACGCAACUGGCAGAGUUUCUUAUCUUUUCUGCACGUAAUGAUUGUACGACGAAUGACUUUCUGAUAUUGUAAAUAAUUAUGUAAUUAUUGUACAAUGAUCUUUCAAAUAAUGUAAAUACCCAACAUACUGAUGUGUGUACUACACAACAAUUUUAUAUAUUAAUAUGACAAAAUAUGUAUAUGUAUAAA